UUGACCUGUUCUCCUUGGAUCUUUAAAACCCCAUUUUACAGAGGUUGAUAUUGCAGCAACACAUAUUUGUUUUAGUUUUGUGCACUUUGCUGUCUGCUUCUCCUGACGCACCAAUUCAGCGCAUUUUCCAGCAGAGAUCACAGGCCGGGAGGAUGACAGCUCGAGUGUAUCUCUCGUUGAUUGCUGUUUUAUUGUGUCUGUUUGGAUGCUUGAGCGUAACUCACGCUAUUCAAAGACGAACCACAGUGGAUGGUUUCUGUCCGGCAAGGCUGAUGGUCGUGCCGUCCCAUCGAGGAUGUUCUUCAGAUGAAGACUGCCCUGGAGGACACAAAUGCUGUCGAUUUGACUGUGGGCCUGUUUGCGUACUACCUGUUUUCAUGAAGCCGGGUCAGUGUCCCAUACCGGAGAUGAUUCCACUGUGUGCUGAAAGCUGUUUCAAUGAUGGCCAGUGUCCUGGCACACAGAAAUGUUGCCCAACCACCGGUGGCUUUGCAUGCAGUGGACCACGUGGUCAGGGAAGAGGUCAGGCAAGUUGCCAGGGAAGAGGUAUUGGCCAGGGAAGCGGUUAUGGUCAGGGUUAUGGUGUGGGAAUGGGAAGCGGUUAUGGUCAGGGAAGCGGCAUGGGCCAGGGAAGCGGCGCGGGAAUGGGAAGCGGUUAUGGUCAGGGAAGCGGCGCCGGAAUGGGAAGCGGAUAUGGUCAGGGUAUUGGCGUGGGAAUGGGAAGCGGUUAUGGUCAGGGAAGCGGUGCUGGAAUGGGUAGCGGUGCGGGCCAGGGUAGCGGUUAUGGUCAGGGAAGUGGCGCUGGAAUGGGAAUCGGUUAUGGUCAGGGAAGCGGAGCUGGAAUGGGAAGCGGCGCUGGAAUGGGUAGCGGUUAUGGCCAGGGUAGCGGCGCUGGAAUGGGAAGCGGUUAUGGCCAAGGUAGCGGCGCUGGAAUGGGUAGCGGCGCUGGAAUGGGUAGCGGCGCUGGAAUGGGUAGCGGCGCGGGCCAGGGUAGCGGCGCUGGAAUGGGAAGCGGUUAUGGUCAGGGUAGCGGCGCUGGAAUGGGUAGCGGCACGGGCCAGGGUAGCGGAGCCGGAAUGGGAAGCGGUUAUGGUCAGGGUAGCGGCGCCGGAAUGGGUAGCGGCGCGGGCCAGGGUAGUGGUGCCGGCAUGGGUAGCGGCGCCGGCAUGGGUAGCGGCGCCGGAAUGGGAAGCGGUUAUGGUCAGGGCAGCGGCGCUGGAAUGGGCAGCGGCGCUGGAAUGGGUAGCGGCGCGGGCCAGGGCAGCGGCGCCGGAAUGGGUAGCGGCGCGGGCCAGGGUAGCGGAGCCGGAAUGGGAAGCGGCGCGGGCCAGGGAAGCGGCACCGGAAUGGGAAGCGGCGCCGGAAUGGGAAGCGGUUAUGGUCAGGGCAGCGGCGCUGGAAUGGCGGCGCCGGAAUGGGAAGCGGCGCGGGCCAUGGGAAGCGGCGCCGGAAUGGGAAGCGGCGCGGGCCAGGGGAAGCGGCGCCGGCAUGGGAAGCGGGCGCCGGCAAAUGGGAAGCGGCGCUGGAAUGGGAAGCGGCGCGGGCCAGGGUAG